UAGCGGAUAUUUGUUCAUUUUCGUAAAUAUGGAAUUUAUCUCAAAGAAAAGUGAGACUCUUUUUUAUAUUUUCCAGUGACUUACAGUGAUGUCCAUAUUUGAAUAAUAAAGAAGUCAAUUGAUGAUUUUACUGUUUCGCAAGCAAACGUCAUCGUAUCUAGGAUACUUGAGAAGAGAAACUAUGGCGUCAUCCAUCGUCUCAUCGAAGGAGAAAGAAGAGUUGACAGAGAAUCACCCAGUUGUGGCUGCUAUCGAUAUUGGAACCACAUCCACAUGUUUUGCUUUAUCUUUUGCCAAUAACCCAACUAAAUUAAUUACAAGUAAAUGGACGUCUGUGAGCACGCUUGGGGACAAAGCACCAACAUGUGUAUUACUCUCCCCAGACAAGAAGUUUGUCGCCUUUGGUUAUGAUGCUGAAGAAAGAUAUAGAACCUUGCUAUUAGAAGACAAGGAAAACGGCGACACGAGUAACGCAAAGGCGCACUACUUUUUUGAGCGGUUCAAGAUUAUGCUUUACCAGACUAAGGAACUAAGAUUCGACACAACGCUUUCCGAUGCACAGGGCAAAGAACUUCCAGCGUUUGAGGUCUUUGCCGUUGUAAUAAACCACAUAAAAGAGAUAAUUUACGAACAAUUAAAACGUUAUACUACAUUAGGAGAAGACGAUAUAAUAUGGGUGAUAACUAUACCGGCGGUGUGGCCUGAAAAAAUUGUGCACGGCAUGAUGAGCUCCACAAUUGGUCAUCAACUUAUAAGUGAAACAACUGCACUUUCUAUUCAUGAAAUUCUACCGGACUGGAACCUAAACAGAAUUCACCGAGCACAUGGAGACCAAAUAGGUGGCAGUGUAGUUAACCAGGGAUUUUCCGAGUUCUUUAAAGAUAUAUUCGGAUCAAAUGUUAUGCAGUACUUUGGAGAUACUGCUGCAGAAAUAAUGGAAAGUUUUGAGCGCACGAAAAAAGCAUUUGACUUUGAUAAUCCCGAUAAGAUAAGAAUGAGAAUUCCGAUAGGUGACCUACGCGAGGCAAUAAGCGAACUAAAGGAGGAAAGUAUUGAAGCAAAGAUAAAAACAGCAUCUGAAAGGUAUGGUGUUGAACCUUUGAAAUUAGUAAAAGACAUAAUGGUCAUCGAAAAGAAGAUAAUGAAAAAGUUGUUCUCAAAGGCAACAAACGGGAUAGUUCAUUUAAUCGAAAGAAUGCUUGAAAAUGCCGAACUAAGAGAAAUAAACCAUUUACUUAUGGUGGGUGGGUUCUCGGAAUCUUCCUACGUGCAACACGUCAUUAAACAGAAUUUUCCUUGGCUAAACGUUAUCGUUCCGGCAGAGCCUUCAUUGCUGUUCUGA